AUGGGAAAAAACAAUACAGAGUGGAUCGAGGAGUUGGAAGAAAAGAUACAACAACUUCAAUCGAUAGUGGACGAUCAAAAGGCAGCUCACGACAGUCUAGUCGCAGAGCUACAUGAAGCAACAAACGCUAUUAAACAACUAAUCAAUGACACAGAUACAAAAAUAACGAUUGAAGCAGCAAAACGUGAAAAAGACAUCCAAUUGGUGAAGACAGCAAGUCAAGACAACACUAGUACGAGAAUUAGCAAUAUUGAACUAACAAUGCCGACUUUCAGUGGCGAAACGGACGAGCACCCAAAACAAUUCCUGAAAAACCUGAACUCGUACUUGUUGCACAAACACAUCACCCAGGCUGAUCGAAUGAUUACAAUUGAAAAUUGCAUGAGAGGAAAAGCUGAAAAUUGGUUUACCAUGAUAAAAGAUGUGGCACCAAACGAAGAUAUAUUUAAGGCACUUUUUCUGAAACAUUUUUUCUCUAAGGACCGUCAAUGGGACAUCUUUAUAAAGUGCACGGAAGCAGGGAAAAAACCAAUAAACAGUAACUUCCAGGAACAUUUUGAUUAUUGGAUGACAGAGCUGAAGUUCCUGGACUCUCCAAAAAUGGAUGAAACACAGGCUAUUAACCUAAUAACGAAACAUUUCCCUAUAGCCAUUCAGGCGUACAUACAGACAGCGCAAGAAAAAAAAUUCCUCAUCAUAUGGGAAAAAUUGGGCGAAUUAGAAAAUAGUUACAACAAACAGAAUAGCUCCGUUGAGCAAGUGAUAACUAAUAAACAACCAUUUACUAGUCGGUAUGGUCGUACAUACGACAACCAAACACAGCCGUUUACUAGUCGACACGGUGACACGAAUAGUGCUCAGCCGCAACAAGUCACAGGCCGAUAUGCACAAGCAAAAUCUACACAACAAAAUAAUGCUCAAAAACCAGGUUUACGACAACCAAUGGGUGGGAUAAGUGGACAGACACAGUUUGCGUCAAAGAUAGGUACAAAAACAAUCAGAUGUCUUGUAUCACGCGAUUACACGAAUAACGAGUCAGCCAUUGAAGAUGGGAAAGUGAAU